GUCGCUCUGUCCCCGCCACACUCUCAUCGCUCCCGCGCGCCCGGGAGCAGUCUCCCCGCCCCGCGCCGCUGCCCUAGGGCUCCCGGCGCCCCGCAGCCAGGCCCCCGCUGCGCCUGCUUCGCCCCAAGAGCCGUGUCCGCCAGAGUCCCCGGGGCCAUGAGUCUCUGCGCUGUCUCCCGCCGCCCCACCGGUGCCGCUGCGGCGCUGGGGCUCGGUAGCCUCUUGAUGCUGCUCGGGCCGGGACGCGCGUGCCCCGCGGGCUGUGCCUGCACCGAUCCCCACACCGUGGACUGCCGUGAUCGCGGGCUGCCCAGCGUGCCCGAUCCCUUCCCCCUGGACGUGCGCAAGCUGCUAGUGGCCGGCAACCGAAUCCAGCAGAUCCCCGAGGACUUCUUCAUCUUCCACGGAGACCUGGUCUAUCUGGAUUUCAGGAAUAACUCGCUGCGCUCGCUGGAGGAGGGCACGUUCAGCGGCUCCGCCAAGCUGGCCUUCCUGGACCUGAGCUACAACAACCUCACCCAGCUGGGCGCCGGCGCCUUCCGCUCGGCGGGGAGGCUGGUCAAGCUGAGUCUGGCCAACAACCACCUGGCCGGUGUGCACGAAGCCGCCUUUGAGAGCCUGGAGUCGCUGCAGGUGCUGGAACUCAACGACAACAACCUGCGCAGCCUCAACGUGGCAGCUUUGGAUGCGCUGCCCGCGCUGCGCACUGUGCGCCUGGAUGGGAACCCCUGGCUAUGCGACUGUGACUUCGCCCACCUCUUCUCAUGGAUUCAAGAGAACGCAUCCAAACUGCCCAAAGGCCUUGAUGCCAUCCAGUGCUCACUGCCCAUGGAGGACCGGAGGGUGGCCCUGCGGGAGCUGUCAGAAGCCAGUUUUAGUGAGUGAUUUGAAAGCUACCCAUACCCUGUGAGGAAUCAGCCAAGAAGACCAGUGCUGUGCACGUGAAAGGAAAAGCCCUCUUUGCCUUGCAGAAGACCAAGGACCGAGCUCAGGACUGCCGCGAGGUUAGGAGCUGUGUGAGUGCCCCUGUCCUGAGAACUUGCCCAUCUCUACUGUAGCUCAGACUGAUGAUUAGGGAUGUGAUUUCAGACUUCACCAGGGCCCUUCCCUUCAAAGCAGGGACAACAAGGUCCUGGGUCACACUGCUAGGACACAUUAGGCCAGCCCCGUCUGCCUGGCACAAACAGCCUCGGCAUCGUGACCGUGCUGAGUGAUUUUCAUUUGUGACCAUCUGACCCCUAAUUACUUCUGUUAAUUACUUGGACAGAUUUUCUUCACAAAAAGAGCUUAAGACCCAGGGAAGUAGGAAGGGAUGUCCUUCAUCUGUCCUUGUCCACCACCUGCUCCCAACGAGACUAUGGGUUCAGGUUAUUUGGUUUCCCAGGGAUUUAUUCUCUCAUUGACUCUGUGUCGACACCGAGGCCAGCCUGUCAUUUUGAUGGGUCCCCUUAAGAGCUAAUUCUUUAGCUAAUCCCAUGUCUUCUAAAGUGACCGAUUGCUUACUGGGGGAACAAGUGUGACAGUGGGAAGGGGGGGCCAGAGGGAGAGGGACAAAGCUCCUUGUCAUCUGUCCAACAUGGCAUUAACCUCUUCAGUUCUUUGUGAUCCCCUCCCCGUUCCUCAUCCAAGGAAAGGCCAAUAUGGAGCAGCCCUGCCCACGGACAGGUCAGCGGGGUGUGAAACCUGCGCUUCACCGGCUGUGGGGUGCAAGCUUGUAAUCCCAGCUUUGGGGACGAUGAAGAAUGAUGAUUGCCAUGAAUUCUAGGCCAGCCUAAGCUACAGAGUGACACGCUGUCUCAAAAAAAAACAAAGCGAAACAUCUCAAACAACACCAUACAUACAAAAAAGAGGACUGUCAAGUUGGCUCAGCAGGUAAAGACGCUUGCUGCCAAGACUGAUGACUUGAGUUCGAUCCCUAGAAGCCUGAAAUUUGUCCUCUAACUUCCACAUGAGUACUAGACACACCACACACACACACACACACACACACACACACACACACACACACACACACAAAACCACCAGCCCGGGCUGUUAUUCAACAAGUGCUAAGCAGUUCCGAACCAUCCUGGACAAGACUGGAGAGAUGGCUCAGCACUCAGCAGUCAAGAACACUUGCUACCAGAGUGGGUUCUGGACAGCCAAGGCGACAGAGAAAUCCUGUCUUGAAAAAUCAAAACAAAACAAACAAGCAAAAGGAGAACACUUGCUGCUCUUGCAGAGGACCUGGGUUCAACACCCACCAUCCACAUGGUAGCUCCCAACCACCUGUAAUUCCAUUUUCAGGAGAUCUGAUGCCCUCUUCUGGCUUCUUAGGGCACAGGCACACAUAUGGUACACAUACACGCAGACCAAACUCUCAUUCACCUAAAAUAUUUGUUUUAAGGUUAUCUUACCUGUGUGUGGUGGCACAUGCUUUUAAUGCUAGCAAUGACUCAGGAGGUAGAGGCCAAUGGAUCACUGUGAGUUAGAAGCUAGCCUGGCUUACAUAGCAAAUUCCAGGCCAGCCAGUGCUAUAUGAAGAGACCUGUCUCAAAAAUAACAACAAAACAAAACAACAAUGACAAAAAGUUAUCCUGGACAAGAGCGAAAUCCUAAUGUAGACAUAAAUACAAUAAUAGAAGAAUACUGUCUUCACCUUAAUAAACUUCAACUUCUGCUUUAUUAUAAAUAGGCAUCCGCCAGGUAACUGCGAGGUCACAGAAGUGAUAAAAGUAACUGAUACAAGCCAGAAGUCAUGGUGGUGUCUGGCGACCUCCUUCUACAGACACUGGGAGGGGCCCUUAACCCUGAGUGUUCUGCAGCUCCCACCAAGUACCCUCUCCAGCUCUGACCCCACGAUGACUCCAGCUCUGGGCUCUUGUCCUAAUUUUUCCUAUCAUCCUGAAUGCUUAUCUGGUCUUCUUCUCUGUUGGGAAACUGCUGUUGGGUGAAUGAAUGGACGGGUGGAGAUAUCUAUCUAUCUAU